GGAGAAAUAAUGCCGCUCAUGAUUCACAGUCAAGACUUUCUUGAUUCCCAAUCAAUCCAAUCCGGCUUUGUUCCCCAUUGUAUUUGUCGAUUUUGCUUCUUUUCUAUUUCUUUCCUUGAACAGUUAGUACUAUAUGCAGAAUGGCCGGAUUCCGUGCAGCUCUUCGAAAGUUACCACCGAGAACCACGAUCCAAAUACUGCGCAAAGUAUUCUCGUUGCCUGCACCCGCCGCCCGGUUAAUUCUGAACGACGUCACUCGGCCUCGCAAAUCUCAUCGAAAGUGGAUACGACGAGAGUCAUGGAAUGGAGCGUGGUCAGGUUGCUGGAUCGGGGAAAACGUGCGACAUCUGGAUGAUCACAGCAUGCAAGCCCGGGUGGAAAAGGCCGACAUUGUAUUUUUCAACGUCCACGGAGGCGGGUUCCGUAUCGGCACAUGCACCAUGUUUAUGGACACCUAUGUCAAGUGGAUCACAUUGCUCAAAGAAAAAUACAAUGUCAAUGCCGUUAUCAUGUCGGUGGAUUACAGGUUAGCACCAGAAUAUAAAUAUCCCAGUCCCGUAGAAGACGUGGUGGGAGCGUAUGAAUACCUGGUGAAAACCAUGGGCAUUGAUCCCGCAAAGAUCAUUGCCACAGGUGAUUCGGCGGGUGCCGCUCUGGUGCUUGAGAUGCUUUUCCUCACGCACGACCCCAGUAUGUUUGAGAUCCUGACCGACGAACCUGUGGACGACCAGGAGCCACACGACGCUCCUUUACUUAGUGAACUACCGCGCCCAGCAGGCACCGUUCUCAUAUCGCCACUGGUCACGGAUGAAACCACCUCGAGGUCCUGGGCCACCAACAUCCAAUACGAUUACAUUUCGCAAUAUACAGCCAAAGUCAUCAAGCGAGACUAUUUCGAACCGUUGGAGCCGGACCAGCCCCCAGAUACAAAUCAAGUUCUCGGCAUUGCCAAACUUCAGACAGGCUUUCAAGCAUUUCUUUCGCCUCACGUCCUGUUCUUUAUAGGCAACAGAGAAGUGCUCAGAGACGAUGCGCUGGAGCUGGCUUAUAAGACCCAACAAGAUGGUGUGCACUGCCAAAUUGUCGUUGAAGACUGUGUGCACGAUUGGUUCUGCGUAAGGGAAGUCGUUCGCGAUGAAGCGAUUCUCGAUCGUGCCGACACUACCUUUGCUGAAUUCUGUCAUGGCGCUGUCAUUGCUCCGCAGCAACUCUGGGAGACUGCUGUGGUAUCACAAGAACGUGUUCCGACAGGCUUGGGCGCGGUAGCCGAACUCGAUGAAACGCAAGAGGACGAAGACGACACGGACCAGGAGUUCUUUGAAGCGCAAACAAAACAACGAUCGUGUAUGUUUAACGUGGUACAAGACUAAAGCGUACGUCCAUGUCUGGAAUACCUGCGUAAUCUGUCACCAAGAUAGCCCCCCUUCCGUCCCCCAACCCCAAUAUCCAUUCAUGUCCCAUUUUAUUUUGCGAAGCAGUCCGUUGCCGAACGUGUGACUCCAUCACGGUCAUAACGGGUUGGAGAACUCCUAACUUAUUUUUUCUUUUUUUCUUUUCACGUUUUGCUCCUCUCUUGAUACAUAUCUUGCUUUUUGUAUCUAUUGUGCAUAAUCUACCCUACAUAUUUAUUGCAAAAAACAACGACAAAACAUAUCAUUUGGAUAUAUCACUAAUUGACUGGUAUCUUACGUUUUUCACAAUUCCAAUGACCUCCAUCGCACCGUGCAAUGACCCAUUACCCGACGACGAAGGGUGCCAAUUACU